GAUGUUGUUGCGUGUUGUUUGUCAGAUAGGUUCGUUUAACUUCGGCCUCUCAUCCUAACCGUGUCGAAAAAAGCGGAUUAACAAAGUGUCUUUAAUCUCUUCAUAGUAGUCGCGGUGCCCUGACAUUUAGGCGUGGCUGAUUCGGUGUAAAAAAAUCAUGAUUAUCAGUAUCAAAACAACCACCUAACUGGCACACUCCGUCCAUUCUGCUCUUCUCCUAUUCUUUCCCCAUUUCUUCCUGACUUGGCUGACCUCUGGGGGUGUAUUAUUUGACGCAUCAUUAUAGUUCUAUUAGAGAAGCUAUCAUUUGACCUACAAGCAAUACCAAAUUAGCUGUAAGUAUAAUUUAAUAUGCGCUAUACGCACAAUUGAUAUGCGAUCAGUGAUACACACCAUACACAAAGUACAACCUUAACCUGUGUGCGGCAGUGCAGUUCCAUUGAGGAGCAAUUCGUACACCACUACCAUCCAACUUUUGGUGUGGGCGAUUUGGCCAAAACGCCAAAAGCAUGAAAAGCAGUCUCACAUCGGCUAUCUCUGGAGAGAUUUGUUUACAGUCCGUUUCAUUCGCUCGCUGACAUGUGCUCGCCGCUGUUGUCGAUCGCCGCUGUUUCUGCUGGUACUGCUUCUGGUACUGAAUGACUGUAUAACGGUGUCGUUGCUCAAAGAUGAGCCUAAUGGUUUAUGAACUAUAGUGUGUUCGUAUUCUAUAUGUACUCUAUGUGUAUAUUUUUGUUUAUUUAACAGGUGUGACAAAACUAUUUUAAGAUGGCGAUGAAGGAGUGGUUCAAACAGAUGCGACCUAUACAGCUGUAUAUUAUCCUCGGGCUCAGCACGGCAUUCUUCUUGACUGAACUGAUAGUUGGACAACUGACACAUGCUCUGGUCUUGCAAAUGGACUCAUACCAGAUGCUGUGCAAUAUACUGGCACUCAGCGGAUGCCUAAUCACUAUGAAGAAUGGAUGCACUGAGCCCCAAGACGGCUGCCCUCCACCCAGCGAGAGCGAUAUGAAGAAGUCGCAGAGGCAAAGCGUCCAUAGCACAGUCAGCAAGGACUUGACCACCCCAACUGCCACUACGCCCACGUCAACGACGAAGCCCUGCGCCACCACGUGUCAAGACAAGAAGAAGAAGCCCAAAAUCUCGGUGGCACGUGCCAACCGAGAGAAGAAACUGAAGAACACUUUCGGCUGGGCUCGCAUUGACAUCAUGAUGAUGCUCAUCUGCUGUGUCUUCCUUAGCUCAUUUGCCUUCUCCAUCGUCGUGGAGGCGCUGCAGACGCUAGUGCAUAUUGAUCACCAAGAUGCCAUCCACCAUCCGUUCUCUGUCAUGUGCAUAGGUGUGGCCGGCCUGCUCCUAAACCUAAUCUGCUACGUCCUGAUUGGAGGAUACACGUUUCACCAUGCAAGUUACUUGAGGGUAACUGCUGCUGGCGAUGUGGUACUGGACAGAGUGGUGGUAGCAGCCCAUGGAGGAGGAAGGAGGUUAUCCAGGACCAGACGCACGCAUCCUACAGUACAGGCUGACAGGAAGCUCAGGCAGGGUGUUUGUGAGACAAUCAGGGACAUUACUGGUUGCAUUUUGGUGAUAGUCUGUUCCGUACUAGUCAUAUUCGCUGAUAAAGACAUCACAAAGUUUAUAGAUCCGGUGCUAUCACUGAUUUCUGUCUGUACAAUAAUGACGUUGAGUUAUCCAUACAUGAAGGAAAGCUGCUUGAUUCUGCUACAAACAAUGCCAGAUACCAUCGAUAUCGACACUUUGAAAGCUGACCUUUUGACGCACUUUCCGGAUAUUGUUAACAUACACGACGUGCACGUAUGGCAGUUAACUGCCAAUAAAGUCAUUUCGACUGUCCAUAUUAUAUUUCAAAACCCCAAGGUUUACAAUAAAAUUAUGGAAGAGGUGAAGAGUUUCUUUAUUGAGAAAGGCAUUACACAAGUAACUAUCCAACCAGAAUUCUACAAAACUCAUCCGAGUACCGAAAGUCUUAACAAACUGAUUCCAGACUGCCUUAUGGCAUGCCAAGGAGAACUUUGCAAAGAAAAUCAUUGCUGUCCGGAUAUUGUGGAGAAAGAAAGGGAGAAGAAGCCGUUCAAAUCGUCCAAAGAAAUCCUUCCCGAAAGCUGGACUCCUGACCUGCGAGCAAUCAGGAUCAUGAACGACGAGACCACCAAAGCCUACACCAUCAGCUCCAGUUUGAACAAUUCUCUAGCAUAUGAAGUUGCCAGGCAUAAUAAAAUAAACAAAUCGUUCGACGAAAUCCCUAAAGAAAGAGACAUCAUCAACAAUAAGAUCAUUCCGGACAGCGAAGCUAGAAUAGAUGCCAAAAUCAACCGAAUUUUGAGUAGAUCACAACGACCGCUCAGUCAGAACACAGACCAGAAGGAAGAAGAAAUGACUUUGAAUGUAGAAAGGCUCAGUAAAAGUGUUAGUACCCUCGAUGAAUGCAAGCUUGACCACGAUAAUCAUGUUCACAAGCCGUUAAGAGUUUGCGAACAUAUGGAACAGAAAACCCACUCCAAAGAGAAUGCCAAGAUCAGUGACCAUGAACACAGUGUAUCAGAAGAAAGUGUAGGUGAGACUAAAUGAAAUGACACAUAUACAGUUACUGACAAACGUUUUUGAUACAUCGUGUGUUCGUCUCUAUCAAUAAGGCUGUGUUAAUUUAUUUUUAGUUAUACAGAAAAACCACUCACGUAUAGGAAAGUGAAUUUUCCAUUUACAUAGUUAUUAAGCAAUCUGAUCAAUAGAAUACAAAAUAUAAUGUGAGUUGCAAUAAUAAAGUAAUUACGAAGGAAUCAAGA